AUGAAGUUCAUCUUUUUCUUAAUCUAUUCACCUUUUGUUUACUCAGAGUCGCACACCUUCACCACACUUUACAUUGGAAUAAAUGGACAUACGAUUGCAGGAAUCCCAGAGAUUUCUUCUGUAUCUACUCUGGAUGGACGACAGAUUGAUUAUUAUGACAGUGAGAUAAAGAAGCUGAUUCCCAGACAGGACUGGAUGAAGGAGUUUGCAUCUUCAGACAGAUUUAAAGAAUACACUGAGAUCAGAGAACGAGUACAGCAGACCAACAAAAUCGACAUUCAUUUUUUAAUGCAGCAAUUCAAUCACUCGCAUGGUGUUCAUACGUAUCAGAGGAUGUAUGGAUGUGAUUGGGACAAUCAGACUAGAGCUUCAGAAGGGUUUGAUCAGUACAGUUAUGAUGGAGAGGAUUAUGUCACACUAGAUGUGAAGGAACUCCGAUACAUCACACCUGUACAGCAGGGAAUAAUAACAAUGCUCAAGUGGAAUAAUGACAGAGCACAGCUUGAAUUACUCAGACAAUACUACCAACAUGAGUGUGUUCACUGGUUAAAACAUUUCUUGACGUUGAGAAAAGUGGAUGUAGAGAGAAGAGCUCCUGAAGUGUCUCUGUUACAGAAGGAUCCCUCGUCUCCAGUGGUGUGUCAUGCCACAGGUUUCUACCCAGCAGCAGUGACUAUCACCUGGUUAAAAAAUGGACAGGAGCACUAUGAGGAUGUGGAUUUUGGAGAUUUGCUACCAAAUAUGGAUGGGACCUUCCAGAAGACUGUUACCCUCACUGUUUUUCCAGAUGAGUGGAAGAAGAACCAGUAUGUUUGUGUGGUGGAGCACGAGGGAAACACCAUCCAGAAGAUUCUGAGAAAGGACGAGAUCAAGAGUAACAACAAGUCGUGA